UAUUUUCCCCAACAAUCAUCUUAAAAUCAUCUUCUUCCAUCAGGAUCUUAUAAUUUCAUAUUAAACUACUCAUAUUUUCUUCAUCUCUCUUCUCUCUCUCUCCUUUACUGUAAUCUUUCUUUUGAGUUCUUUUUAGCAAAAAUUACAGAAAAAACAUGGUUCAAAUGGCUACUUCUUCUUCUUCAUCUCCGGUGAAGAUUACAGUUUCUUCAGAGGGUAAAGUUAAUGGGUUUCGAAAUUUAGGGUUAACAAGUCCAAUUAGACGUGUUUCUUUGUCUAACAAUCAAAAUUCUCCACUUAGUAAUAACAGAGGAGGAAACAGAACAUCAAGUGGUGGAAGAUAUUCGAAUUCUGUAACUAAAGAUGAGAUUCAAGAAGAAUCCGGUUCUGAAUUUGUUAGUUAUACAGUUCAUAUUCCACCAACCCCAGAUCAUCAAAUCGGUUUAUCUUCUUAUCAAACUAGUUUCCCACAGGAAGAACGGAAAGUAUUUGAUGAAAAGCGUGAGAGAGGUUUUAUCUCCAGUACUUUGUUUACAGGCGGGUUUAAUUCUGUUACUAGAAGUCACGUAAUUGAUACUUCAGUUGAUGAUUCUGAAGCGGUGGUUAAAACCUUACAAGGCACGAUUUGUAGAAUGAAUGGUUGUGAUGGGAAAGCUAUUCAAAGAGAUUCAAAGAUUCCAUGUGAAUGUGGUUUCAAGAUUUGUAAAGAAUGUUAUGUGGAAUGUCUUGAUAGUGGUAAAGGACAGUGUCCUGGUUGUAAAGAACCAUACAGAGAAGUUGGUUAUGAAGAUGAAGAAACUGAUUCAGGUUCUGAACAGGAAGAUGAUGAACCUCGUCCUUUACGUUCUGUGAAAGAUUUUAAAACUGAUAAUAGGUUUUCAAUUGUGAGAUCGUUUAAAGCUCCACAAAAUACCGAGUUUGAUCAUAGCAGAUGGCUUUUUGAGACCAAAGGGACUUAUGGAUAUGGUAAUGCUGUUUGGCCUAAAGAUGGGUAUGUUAAUGGAUCAACAGUGAACGAGUUUGAGUAUCCUUUCAGAGAAAAAAGUAGCCGUCCUUUAACUAGGAAAGUUGGGGUUUCUGCUGCCAUUAUCAGUCCUUACAGGUUGCUUAUGCUUGUCCGUUUCAUUGCACUAGGGUUCUUCCUUACAUGGAGAAUUAAACAUCCUAACCAUGAGGCUAUGUGGUUAUGGGGAAUGUCAAUUACUUGUGAACUUUGGUUUGCACUAUCAUGGCUUCUUGAUCAGCUUCCAAAACUCUGCCCUGUCAACAGAGUUACUGAUCUCAAUGUACUAAAAGAUCGUUUUGAAUCCCCGAGUUUAAGCAACCCGAAGGGAAGAUCGGAUCUUCCUGGUAUAGAUGUUUUCGUUUCUACAGCUGACCCAGAGAAGGAGCCUCCUUUAGUCACUGCCAACACCAUUCUUUCAAUUUUGGCUGUUGAGUAUCCGGUGGAGAAAAUUGCUUGUUAUCUAUCUGAUGAUGGAGGAGCACUUCUAACAUUUGAAGCUCUAGCUGAAACUGCAAGUUUUGCUAGAAUAUGGGUUCCUUUUUGCAGAAAACACAAGAUAGAGCCAAGAAAUCCAGAGGCCUACUUUGGACAGAAGCGAGAUUUUCUAAAGAACAAAGUUCGGCUUGAUUUUGUUAGAGAAAGGAGACAAGUGAAGAGAGAGUACGAUGAAUUUAAAGUAAGGGUUAAUUCGUUGCCUGAGUCGAUAAGGAGACGAUCAGAUGCUUAUAACACUCAAGAAGAGCUAAGAGCAAAGAAGAAACAGGUGGAAUUGGGUGAUAAUCUUUCUGAUCCUAUCAAGGUUCCAAAGGCUACAUGGAUGUCAGAUGGAUCGCAUUGGCCAGGUACAUGGCCUUCUGCUGAGACAGAUCACUCGAGAGGGGAUCAUGCCGGUAUAAUUCAGGCAAUGCUAGCACCACCAAAUUCUGAACCAGUAAUGGGUUGUGAAGCAGAUGAAGAGAACUUAAUCAACACAGUGGAUGUUGAUAUCAGGUUGCCAAUGUUGGUGUAUGUAUCUAGAGAGAAAAGACCAGGUUAUGAUCAUAACAAAAAAGCUGGGGCCAUGAAUGCUCUAGUUCGAACCAGUGCAAUCAUGUCUAAUGGUCCAUUUAUUCUCAACCUAGACUGCGAUCACUAUAUCUACAACUCUUUGGCUCUAAGAGAAGGAAUGUGCUUCAUGUUAGAUAGGGGUGGUGAUAGAAUUUGCUACGUUCAAUUUCCUCAAAGAUUUGAAGGUGUUGAUCCUAGUGAUAGAUACGCAAACCACAACACAGUUUUCUUUGAUGUGAGCAUGAGAGCACUGGAUGGGUUGCAGGGUCCAAUGUAUGUCGGAACGGGCUGCAUUUUUCGAAGAAUCGCUCUGUAUGGUUUCAGUCCUCCUAGGGCUACAGAACACCAUGGAUGGCUUGGUUCAAGGAAAAUUAAAUUGUUUCUCAGAAAUUCCAAGAAAGCGAAGAGGGAGAAUGAAACAGUUGUGGCAAUUAAUGGAGAACAUAAUGAGGUUGAUGAUGAUGCAGAAAUUGAAUCUCAACUUCUUCCUAGGAGGUUUGGGAACUCUACUAGUCUAGUGGCCACUAUCCCAGUUGCAGAAUAUGGAGGAAGGCUGAUUGAAGAACUUCUAGGAAGGGGUAAACAAGGUAGGCUAGCUGGUUCGCUUGCAGUGCCUCGUGAGCCAUUAGAUGCUGCAACAGUUGCAGAGGCCAUUAGUGUCAUAUCUUGCUUCUACGAAGACAGGACAGAAUGGGGUCGAAGAGUAGGUUGGAUAUAUGGCUCAGUUACGGAAGAUGUUGUUACGGGCUAUAGGAUGCAUAACAGAGGAUGGAGAUCAGUAUACUGUGUUACCAAAAGGGAUGCCUUCCGCGGGUCAGCUCCAAUCAACCUAACUGACCGACUCCAUCAAGUACUGAGAUGGGCUACUGGUUCUGUUGAGAUCUUUUUCUCCCGAAAUAAUGCACUCUUUGCAAGUCGUAGAAUGAAAUUUCUGCAGAGGAUUGCAUACUUCAAUGUCGGAAUGUACCCUUUUACAUCAGGCUUCCUUAUCAUUUACUGCAUCCUACCUGCAGUUUCUCUUUUCACAGGUCAGUUCAUAGUGCAGUCCCUCAGUGUGACCUUCCUUCUGUUCUUGUUGAUCAUUACAGUUACUCUAUGCUUGCUUGCCAUCCUUGAGAUCAAAUGGUCUGGUAUCACACUAGAGGAAUGGUGGCGAAAUGAACAGUUCUGGUUGAUUGGUGGUACGAGUGCCCACCCGGCUGCUGUCUUACAAGGGCUAUUGAAAGUAAUAGCUGGUGUUGAUAUCUCAUUUACAUUGACAUCAAAAUCCUCCACGCCUGAAGACGGAGAUGAUGAGUUUGCUGAGCUGUAUGUAGUUAGGUGGAGUUACUUGAUGGUUCCCCCAAUCACAAUUAUGAUGCUGAACAUGAUUGCAAUUGCUGUUGGAGUGGCAAGGACAAUGUACAGUCCAUACCCACAAUGGAGCAAGCUUCUUGGAGGCGUGUUUUUCAGUUUCUGGGUAUUGAGUCAUUUAUACCCAUUUGCCAAGGGAUUGAUGGGACGAAGAGGGAAGAUUCCUACCAUAGUAUUUGUUUGGUCUGGAUUGCUUUCGAUCAUUAUUUCACUGCUGUGGGUUUACAUUAGCCCUCCUUCUGGUAUUCAGGGUGGGCUCGGGAAGUUUGAGUUCCCUUGAUAACAUGGAUAUUCUCAGUUAACCCCAAUACCACUACUAGUACUAUUAGAGGCAUAUAUAGCGAAAAAAUCGAAGCUUCUCAGCUUCAUAUCUAAUCUUUUUUCAUUUUGGAUUUAGGCUUGUAUUGCAAUAUAUAUAGUCUGUAACAAGUAUUCUUGUUAAUCUUCAAUUGUUACUACUUUUUCA